AUGGACGAUAUUGUGGACCUGGUCCAAGAACACCAUGAACAGAGCGCACACGUAGACGAAAGUCUGGGGCGGUACACGGCGUACACGGUCCGGCUGAAAACACUCGUGUCGUCCGUGUCGCGGUAUAUCGCGUAUUCGUCUGACGUGGGUGAAGCCUUUCGACCCCUGGCGCGUCCCUUUGUCGUCACGGCCGCCUAUGGUAUCAGCUGGGCCUACAUCUUCACCGACGUGGGAUACACGUGCUGGCAAGCAGCACAGGAUAGAGAGCACGACUCACCGCUCGCCGCUGACCUUGCCUGGAUUGCUGCGCGCCGCGGCACGUUUCAGACACUGGCAUCCAUCGUGCUCCCUGCCUUCACGAUCCACAGCGUCGUGAAGCACUCCGCUCACCUGUUUUCCAAGUUCAAGUCGCCACGCAUGCGCAUCGCUGGCCCAACGGCUGCAGGCCUACUGACCGUGCCCCUGCUACCCUUCCUCUUUGACCAUCCUGUCGAGACAGUGGUCGAGCGCCUAUUCGACGCUGUCGAAUAUCGCAUUGCUGCUCUUCGCGGUGAUCCGCUCGCCAAAGAAAUGCUGGAUAAGGGCAGUCUGCUCCGCGGCUACUAUGUGCCCACGGCCGACAACCCCAAAGAGCUCGGCGUGUCGCCUACGCUGGCCGCGCAGCUCGCCAUACUUGGCGUCGGUGUCGACCUUGUGCACAUGCCGCGCAUGCUUCAGCUCGUAUCGCGACACGCCCAACGACUCCAACGUAUGCCGCACAAGCCCUUGGGCUCCCUGGCUACGCUCCGGCCGUUGAAUGAAAAAAAAGAGCAGCACGCCUGGCUCGAAACGUCUGCUCAGCACUUUGCUCGUCGCACCCUCGCCAAGGCCGAGAUGGAUGCCUUUCUAGGCAUGCACUGUCAUACCCACGAUGAGCGAAUGCGCUUCCUUGCGACUAGGUGGGCUGUCAAGGAAGCCGUGUACAAAGCCGUGUACCCACACCUGCAUCUCUAUGCCACCGACAUCUCCUACACGCAUACCUUCCAAAAACCUCUGGUGGCCUUGGCUCGUCAGCGAGCGUUUCGUAACGCCCAUGGAUCGUGCGCCACAUCCGUCGCGGAAGCACUGCAACUGCAUGCGAGCGUAUCACACGACGCCGACUAUGUAGUCGCAUCUAUCGUGGCAGAGACCAUGCAUCCUCCAUCCUGUGAAUAG